CUUCCUCGCUCAGCUAUUGUGAAGAGAUUGAACGAUGAGAUCGCUCGCGCUCGCUGUCAUCAGCGCCGCCCUAUAGAGACCCCCAGCCCCGAGGCUCGAGCACAACGACCCCACCCCCCGCUCCUAGAGGGACGGAGCGAGAGCUACAGAGACACGGAGAAAAAAAAACCUUUUCGGACCCCGGUUCUAUUUGCCCUCAAUCUGGGCCUCAUGCAGUAGCCGACCGUGCAAGCGAGCGAGAGAGAUACACCGUGAUUGAGUCGCGAGGGACAGGGCGGAACAGGAGAAGAAGGGAUUGUUCAUUCGGCUCGAGCCAUGGGAUGUACACUUAGCGCCGAGGAGCGCGCAGCCCUUGACAGGAGCAAAGCCAUCGAGAAAAAUCUGAAAGAGGAUGGAGUCACGGCUGCCAAGGACGUCAAACUGCUGCUGCUGGGAGGAGGAGAAUCGGGCAAAAGCACGAUCGUCAAACAGAUGAAGAUUAUCCAUGAGGAUGGUUUCUCUGGGGAUGAUGUGAAGCAGUAUAAGCCUGUUGUGUAUAGCAACACCAUCCAGAGCUUGGCUGCCAUCCUGAGAGCCAUGGAUUCCUUGGGUAUCGAGUUUGGAGACAAGGACAGGAAGGCGGAUGCUAAGCUGGUGUGUGAUGUGGUGAGUCGUAUGGAGGACACAGAGCCCUACUCCGCAGAGCUGCUGACGGCUAUGAAGCGUGUGUGGAGCGACGCCGGGACCCAGGAGUGCUUCAACCGUGCCCGCGAGUACCAGCUCAAUGACUCCGCCCAGUACUACCUGGACAGUCUAGAUCGUAUUGGUGCGCCAGACUAUCAGCCCACAGAGCAGGAUAUCCUCAGAACUCGAGUCAAGACCACCGGCAUUGUAGAGACCCACUUCACCUUCAAGAACCUCCACUUCAGGCUGUUUGACGUGGGAGGCCAGAGGUCUGAGCGUAAGAAGUGGAUCCACUGUUUUGAGGAUGUGACGGCCAUCAUCUUCUGUGUGGCGCUCAGUGGGUAUGACCAGGUGCUGCAUGAGGAUGAGACCACUAACCGCAUGCACGAGUCUCUGAUGCUCUUUGACUCCAUCUGUAACAACAAGUUCUUCAUCGACACCUCCAUCAUCCUCUUCCUCAACAAGAAGGAUUUAUUUGCUGAGAAGAUCAAGAAGUCCCCCUUGAGUAUCUGUUUCCCUGAAUACACAGGUGCUAACUCGUAUGAUGACGCGACUGCUUACAUCCAGGUCCAGUUUGAGAGUAAGAAUCGCUCACCCAAUAAGGAGAUCUACUGUCACCUGACCUGCGCCACAGACACGGGGAAUAUUCAAGUAGUGUUUGACGCCGUCACCGACAUCAUCAUCGCCAACAACCUGAGGGGGUGUGGCUUAUACUGAGGCCUGGCCCAGACAGGGGUUGCAAUGGAGAGUAUGAGGUGUUUGAUGAUAAUUUUGAUGAUAUUAAAAAGGCAUAAAUAUGUAAAUCUACACGUCCAGACGGACCCAAAGAGCUGCCGCCUGACACCACACUACCAUGACCCUCUGUUUCUGUUCCCAUUCUAGACACCAUUCUUCUUCUGUUUCUUUGUUUUCAACAUGUGUUUCCUGCUGAAUGUGUUUCCUGUUCUGUUGUUGAUUGUAUUAAGCUAUCAGCAUGGAGGGCUGUGUUGCUCUGGCCCAACUCAGCCAGAUGUGUUGUGUCUGGAGUCCAGUACGUGUGCUCUCCUAACACCUGACACGACACUGGGACAGUCUCUGCAACACUUCUGGCUGCAGCAUGGGAAACACAGCUCACCCUGCUCCGGUUGCCGAGGUGAUGUUGUAACGUAGGUGGUGGUGAUGUUGUGGGGUGGGGGUGGGGGUGGGGGGGGUGUAAAGCUGGUAGGGGCUGGUGGUUAGGCUGUCCUAGAUAGAACUCCCCCCCCCUUCCCUGGACUCCCCCAGGGGUGCUCAGUGCUGGGCACUUCCUGUCAGCUUUGUUCGUCUCUCCCCUCUACUUCACCACUCUAGGGGGAGGGGUUCUUGUAUGGCCAGCUCUCUCCAUUGGCCUCCUAAAGUGUAAUGAAAUGCCCGUCAGCCAAUAGGAAGUGUGAAUAGUGUCAUAUCAGCGCCAACCUUCUGAGACUGACAGCUAAGGGGGCGGGCACAUAAACAAUAGAUGGCUAUCACUAUCUAUCUGACAACCUUUUACAAUAAUGUAAUAGAAGAAACACAUGAUACAUUUUAUUAUCAUCAAAUUUUUAUUGAUUGAUUUCAGCCUCAUGCGCUCCAUGCUUCUCCGUCCUUCCCAGAGUCCCGUGCCACAUAUUUAUUUCCUGUCCUGUCGGACUGGGGGACAACCACUUCCUGUGUCAGUCAGGGCCACAAGCCGCUCUCCCCAACCACUUCCUGUGUCAGUCAGGGCCACAAGCCGCUCUCCCCAAACCCUGCUACCUAUCUCUAACCAUGCUACCCUGUUUCCCCACCCUGCUACCUUGCUUCCUAACCCAAAUCCUGCUCCCCUCAUACGCUCCCCCUGUCUGGCUCUUACCAGAUGCUGAGCGCUGUGUGGAGAGAAGAGUGGCAUUAGAAAUGAACACCCCCCCCCCCCCCCCCCCCCCAGCCCCUGACCACUGACACGGUCACAUUCUCUCUUCACAGAGGAAAAGUACAGCUAUCCAUUUAUUCACCUGUGCACCUAGAAGCAUUCUUCCUCCCUCUAUCACUCUUUACUCCCUCCAUUCCCCUCUAGUUCUCUACUCCUUCUUUACCUACUUCAUUCCUCUAUCACAUAUCACCCCUCAUUUCUGACUUGUUCCAUGUUCACCUUAAACACCGUACUGUAUAUAUAUAUGAUUAUACCACUUUUCUGUUUUUUACUGUGAAUGUUUUUGUGCUGCACCCCUUAUCUCCUCCGUAGUUUAUUGGUUGCUCUCAUGUGGAAUGUUUGUGCUGAGCCAAUCGAAUGUUGUGUUUACAUUAAAGCCACACUUUUCCUAACUAUU